AUGCGCCUGAUUUCUCUCUCUCUCCCUCAACGGUACCCCAAUCCUUCCGCCCUGCUACGCGCCGCCGCCCGCCCCGCCUCCCUCCCUCCCUCCGCUUGCCCGACGACACAGUUCGCCGGCACGCCUUGCCUCGCCGUCCACCGCCCUGAUUCACCACCCACUUGCUUCCUCCACACUCGCCACUGCGCCACACUUCAUAACACUCUCGGCCAGGAGCUGCCCACCGCCGCCCUCUCCUUUCCUCAUCUCUCUUUCCUCCGACCACCGCCGUCACCUUCGCCACCGCCGCUGCCUCGCCAGUUUUUCUCCUUCCUCUCCGUUUCUUCUUCUCCUUUUUUUUUCUUGCGAAUCUCUCACGGCCUGCUACGCGCCGCCGCCCGCCCCGCCUCCCUCCCUCCCUCCGCUUGCCCGACGACACAGUUCGCCGGCACGCCUUGCCUCGCCGUCCACCGCCCUGAUUCACCACCCACUUGCUUCCUCCACACUCGCCACUGCGCCACACUUCAUAACACUCUCGGCCAGCAGCUGCCCACCGCCGCCCUCUCCUUUCCUCAUCUCUCUUUCCUCCGACCACCGCCGUCACCUUCGCCACCGCCGCUGCCUCGCCAGUUUUUCUCCUUCCUCUCCGUUUCUUCUUCUCCUUUUUUUUUCUUGCGAAUCUCUCACGGCCUGCUACGCGCCGCCGCCCGCCCCGCCUCCCUCCCUCCCUUCGCUUGCCCGACGACACAGUUCGCCGGCACGCCUUGCCUCGCCGUCCACCGCCCUGAUUCACCACCCACUUGCUUCCUCCACACUCGCCACUGCGCCACACUUCAUAACACUCUCGGCCAGCAGCUGCCCACCGCCGCCCUCUCCUUUCCUCAUCUCUCUUUCCUCCGACCACCGCCGUCACCUUCGCCACCGCCGCUGCCUCGCCAGUUUUUCUCCUUCCUCUCCGUUUCUUCUUCUCCUUUUUUUUUCUUGCGAAUCUCUCACGGCCUGCUACGCGCCGCCGCCCGCCCCGCCUCCCUCCCUCCCUCCGCUUGCCCGACGACACAGUUCGCCGGCACGCCUUGCCUCGCCGUCCACCGCCCUGAUUCACCACCCACUUGCUUCCUCCACACUCGCCACUACGCCACACUUCAUAACACUCUCGGCCAGCAGCUGCCCACCGCCGCCCUCUCCUUUCCUCAUCUCUCUUUCCUCCGACCACCGCCGUCACCUUCGCCACCGCCGCUGCCUCGCCAGUUUUUCUCCUUCCUCUCCGUUUCUUCUUCUCCUUUUUUUUUCUUGCGAAUCUCUCACGGUUUCACACCACCGCCGGAGGAUUUUGGCGAGUCUGCACUGCCUGGUAGCCGCCUCUGUUGUACUUCUCUCUUCUUCCUCUUCUUUUUCGUGUUCACACCUUUCCCCCCUAUCUCUCUCGCCCCGGAUCCGUCACUUUCUCGUAGCCAAUCGCCGCCUUGCCGCCACUGCCUCGCCUCCAUCAGCCUUGCCGCCUUCGUCACCCAUCGUCGGAGCUGUCGUCGGAUUCGAAGAUUUCUGCUUUGCUGCAAUAAAAAAUAA